GACUACAUCCAGACCUAGCUGAACUAUCCAUGAAUGAUUCAUUUAGUUUUGCCAUUUGAUACCCCAUCUACUAUUCAGAUGAAACAGUUCAUUAGCAUAGUACCCCGACUGAAGGAAAUGUGAUAGCCUUAACCAGUCUUGAUAAAUAUAAACACAUUUUGUAUCGUAAAACAUCGAACAAGGACAGCGCUGUGAAAGUCAAAUCUGAUGACUUCCUUAUAUAAGUUGUGUUUCCCUGGCUUCUCCAUACUGGUUUGCCCUACACACGGAAGUGAUGACGGGAGCACGUUCGCAUUAUGAGUAGCUAUUGGUACAAGGCUUCGACAGUGUGAGAUGUACUUUAAUAAUUAAAUCCGCGUGUAGGUUGUGAUAACUGUAACGGCGGCACAUCUGACUCUUUCCUGCAGGAACGGGCGUGCCACACCGCUUACUGCACUCCGCUCAUCAAUACAGUGCUGCCUAGCGUCUCGCGGUGCGAGCUCCACAGCCUGGGUAUAAAAGACUGACUACAUCAGCUGAAGGACUUCUCUCAGUCUUCUCUCAUAUGUACUCACGGCAUUAGCUACACAACGGAACGUACUAUGGUAUGAGGCCUUCUACGUGACUGUAUCUGUUUAUCGGAAUCCUUCCUUGUGUUUGAGACGUCGCGAUCACUAAUGAUGGGCGGUAUUCGGUGACAUCUUGCUUCAUUAAAGGAUUGGGUUAUAUGCAGUGCCAACCUCUCUUGACUUGUCAUCAGACAUGGGGUGCAGGCAGGCCAAACCGCAACACACGGAGAAUGACAAGACAGUUAAAACGGACAACUGUGAAACGGAGUUUACCACGGCAGUUGCCACUGAUCCACGUCUACCUCUUGACCAGAGACAGGUGUUUAGGUUGAAACAGUCGUGGAAAGGGAUUAAACGCAAUAUGGAACAGACAGGCGUCGAGAUGUUCAUCAGGUUGUUUAAAACCAACGCUGAACUCAAGGCCUUGUUCACAAGCUUUAAAUUCCUUGAGGCUGAGGAUGACCUGCGGGAAAACGAGGCUCUAGAGCACCAUGCAACUCUCGUCAUGACAACGCUGGAUGACGCCUUUUCUCGUAUAGAUAACUACAGCUACGUCACAGAGGUCUUACUAAAGACAGGGGAGUCCCACAGGAGAUUUAGAGGAUUUAGAUCAGAGAUAUUUUGGACUAUGAGGUCACCGUUCUUGGAAGCAGUGAAGAUAACCCUUGGGGAUCGCUAUACAGAAAACAUGGAGACUAUAUACAAAAUUGCUAUCACGUUCAUUCUACAGGCACUUACUGACGGUUUCACGGAGGAACAUAAAGACAGUAACAGUGUGCCACCUGUUUUAGUGGAGUCAGAACCGUGACAAGAUGUUCUCAGAUAAUUCUCCUAAUUACAGACCAACUCAAUUACGAUGCAAGGCAAAAUAUGUCGGUGACUUCCACAGAGCUGAAUGGAUUUCGCGUAGUUCCAGAAAUCAUCCGCUGCCUACCCUCGGCUCACCCGGAGUUGUUAACGACAACGUUCCAAAGUAUUCCGCAAGCUGUGACAUUAUCAUAUUAUGGUAUGCAACCGAAGGCCAGGAGUAAUGGACCGAAUAUGCCUGUACUAUGUGCUUAACGGACGUUAAUAACCUAUCCUGCAUAAGGGAUUUGUCAUUUUGAAAUCUCGAGGUUAUCGGCAGGAUACAGUAAAGCAAUAUGCAUCUACCAGGACACGAGAGUUUAACACUAGAUCCCAAAGUGAAGAUGGUGUUUGGAAACACGGAAACGAACACGUGUGCAAGUCGAGUAUACAUAUAGCAAUGAACAAUGGAAAUACCAGCUGAUAACUAGUAAAAGACAUGGUGAGGACAUAAGCGUCACCAUGUACUGCGUGUAUGUUUAUAAGUAAAACACAUUGUGGUAGGGUGUAAACUUUCUUUCAACGUUCUAGAUUCCAAAUUAACACAAAUAUUAAUAAUACAAAAUUUCAGGUAUCCAUCAUUUCAUGCAGAGAUUGUUUAUCGAUUGAAUUCAAUGCAAUGUGUCUAAUGUUCUCAACAUGUUAAAUGCCACAUUAUAUAUAUGAUAUAUGAUGAGAAUUACCUUAACCUAUAUACUGUUUUCCUAUUGUUAGUGAAAGGGUAUCUCGCUAAACAUUCAGUUUCCAGAGGAAGUAGAUUCAACGAUGUUUCGUUUAUCUCCUAUCUGAAACUUGACAUAAUUGGCGCCAAGAAAUAAAAUCAGACAUGAUCAAUGAAGGUAACUUGUUAAAUGCUCAUACAGCUUCAGUUUCAAAAAAUUUGGGCUUGUGAUACUAGAAACCCUCUUUGUCGGAAUUAUGCCAAUUCUACAAAACACUCUCUGCAAUAUUUUCAUUCAUGCAGAACGUUUGUCAGAAUAUGUACCAACUGAAAUCCGUAAUUACUGUAACAUUGGGGGCACGGGUGGCCCAGUCGUCUAAGGCACCGCGAUUCGCUGUGCAGAGUUGCGUUCCUUGGGCACGCCAGAAACCUAUGAUUGUGGGUUGGAAUCCCUGUUCACCCCGAUUAUGU